GAUUCUUUACUUCCUCUUUGCGGGCCUCUUCUAUACCAAUGUGGAAGGAUGGACUUGGCUCGAGGCACUAUACUUCGCAAUGGUAACCAUGUCCACGGUGGGUUUCGGAGACUUGUCCCCGUCGGUGUGGUACUCCCAGAUGGUCACGGUGUUCUUCAUCCUCGUAGGCAUCAGCGUCGUCUUCGCACAGCUGGGGAACUGCGUCACCUCGAUUAUCGAGCCAACGUUUAAACUAUCGCGGAACAUCUUCGAGCGAUGUGUGCCGAAUCAAUACAUUGACAUCUCUGGGGACGGCAUCCCGGACUUUCAGGUGCCCAGGACACCUCUCAUCCACUACUCUAAGAAGCUGGCAGGGCCAAUCGUGAUACUGCUUGCCUUCCAGCUGGUUUCUGCGGCCAUUUUCGCACUCGUGGAGCCCGAUGUCUUUGACUUCGGACUCGCUUUCUGGUACGUCAUGGUGACGGCCACGACGGUAGGCUUUGGCGACAUCUCUGCCGAAAGUACGGCUGGGCGGAUCUGGGCGAUCCUGCAUAUUCUGCUUUCCGUUUGCCUGCUUGCAGCGCUUAUCGGGGACUUCGGGAACCUCUACGAGGAGAGAAAAAGCUUGGUGGAGCGGGCGUAUCACUUCACCAGAAGCUACGACGAGGAAGUCCUGGCAGCCCUGGAUGAAGAUGGCAACAAAAUCAUCGGAAAGCAUGAGUUCAUCCUUGGCAUGCUGAAAGAGACAGGGAAGCUGGACCAGAUGGAAGACAUUGCGCCCCUCGAGGAUACGGAGUGUGCCGAUGAGACCUGCGCACUCAAUGCCCUGCAGCAGAAGCAAGCCGCUUUGGCAGGUCUUGCAGAGGAGUCCGUGGCGAAGUUCGAGACUGCUCUGGAAGAAGGUGAUGCCCAGGAGGAAAAGCUGGAAAUGAUGCAGAAGCAUGGCAAAGCCGAAAAGGCCACGGAGGGCGAGCAGUGGGGCAGCGACGUCUUUGGCCAGUCUCCGUCCACUGGUCACUCUCCGACGCUUCCAGUUCUGCCGAGCAAAUACUGCACAAGCAGGAUCGAGUCCUCGUCUUGCAGGCUUUUCGACUGUGCGACGUCACGGGGUCCUUCGUCUUGCAACACCACGGAUUACACAUGCCACUGCAAGCCGGGUUACUGCUCAGACGGCAAAGGCUGUGUGUCGGUGCAUGGUGAUGCAAAGCCGACGCCCGGAUUCAGCGACUACCACGCAACGCCAGGGUUUUGCGAGACAAAGAUCCAGAGUUCUUCCUGCAUGAUCUUCGAUUGCGCCGUGUCGCGCGGGCCCUCGACGUGCAAUACCACCGACUACUUCUGCCAUUGCCAACCCGGCUUCUGUUCUGAUGGCAAAGGCUGCGUUCCUUUCCACGCGUCCCAUCACUAUUGA